GUCGAUCAUAUAGGCCUGCUUUUCCUCCUUUUCCCUUUCUCAUCUCAACAUCUCCAUCAGCAUCCUUCCACCCGAGUACAACUGCGCCAGGUCAGCAUUCACCAGUAACCGAAUCAACAUGUCCCCCGCAACCUCUGCCCAGAAUGGCGCCAGCAUCUCAAGCGCCGAUGUCAUGCACCUCGAACACGAACACUCUGCCCACAACUACCACCCUCUCCCAGUCUGCUUUGAGAAGGGUGAAGGAGCUCACGUUUGGGACCCCGAGGGCAACGAGUACCUCGACUUUCUCUCUGCUUACUCCGCUGUCAACCAAGGCCACUGUCACCCCGAGAUUUUGAAAUCCCUCGUCGAGCAAGCGUCAAAGCUUACCCUUUCCUCUCGAGCCUUCUACUCGUCCAACCUUGGUCCCUUUGCCAAGAAGAUCACCUCCAUGUUCGGAUACGACAUGGUUCUUCCCAUGAACACUGGUGCUGAAGCCGUUGAGACUGCUAUCAAGCUUGCCAGGAAAUGGGGUUACGAGAAGAAGAAGAUUCCCGAUGGCAAGGCCAAGGUACUUUCUGUCGAGGGCAACUUCCACGGAAGGACCAUUGGUAUCAUCUCCAUGUCUACUGACCCCGAAUCAAGGAAUGGCUUCGGCCCGUUCUUGGAUAACGUGGGACCUCAGUGGGACACUGGAUUGAUCAGGUACAACCACCCUGAGGAUCUGGAGAAGGUGCUCGAAAAGCACGGAGAGGAGGUCGCUGCGUUCUUGGUUGAGCCCAUCCAGGGUGAAGCUGGUAUCUACGUGCCCGACGAUGGUUACCUGGCCAAAUGUGCCGAAAUCUGCAAGAAGCACAACGUACUCUUGAUUUGUGACGAGAUUCAGACUGGUCUUUGUCGAACCGGCAAGAUGCUCUGCUACGAGUGGGACAACAUCCGACCCGACAUGGUCAUCCUCGGCAAGGCUCUCUCCGGUGGCAUGUACCCUGUCUCCUGCGUGCUGGCAGACAAGGAUAUCAUGCUCUGCAUCAAGCCAGGAGAGCACGGCUCCACUUACGGCGGUAACCCCCUCGGUUGCGCCGUCGCCAUGACCGCCCUCGACGUCCUCGUCAAGGAAGACCUCGCUAACCGCUCUCAAAAGCUUGGUGAAAUCUUCCGAUCCGAGCUUACCAAGCUCAACUCGCCGUUCAUCAAGCUCAUCAGAGGCAGAGGUCUGUUCAACGGUGUAGUGAUCGAUGAGACUGCGAGCAAGAAGGGCAGGACUGCUUGGCAGCUUUGUUUGUUGAUGAAGAGCAAGGGUCUGCUGGCCAAGCCUACGCAUGUCAACAUUAUUCGAUUCGCUCCCCCACUCGUCAUUAGCGAGGAAGACAUCCGCAAGGCCGUCAAGAUCAUCGGCGAGUCGCUUGCUGAGCUUGACACCCUUGAGAAGAUUCCUGGAGAUGAAGGAGAAGAGCACGAUGCUGUUAUCGAGCUUGAGGACUAGGUUCACCGAAGAUUCGGCGAACGAGGACAAGGCGUUUCAAGCCUCUUGAAGUAGAUCCAAAACGAGAUUCCCAUUCAAUAUAGUGCUCGCUGUACUCCCGUGCAUAUCUCUGUAAUUCAUACCUAUCAUAUGCAUAGACCUUCAGUAGAGGAGCUCAGGUGUAUCCUGAGCUUUCGUUGCUAGACAAAGCAAGUAUGUAUCAAUGUCACUAGAGGUAUAACUAGCAAAUUAUACCGUACGAGUACUGAUUAGUAUAGUCAUUCACUGCCUCUCAACAAAGGUCAUUUAUAACAGCGCUAUGCGCUGUCAGCGAAAUGGAUCCUUUCAGACCUGAUGCUACACGAAAGCGCACUGCUAUCACAACCAAAAUCAAAGCGUUAUCCAGAGAGAAGCAAGCGGAUUUAGAAGCGAAAUUCGCGGUGAGGGUUGCAUAGCAAACUUUCAUGGAAGUGUUGCUUUUGAAUCCGC